AUGGCCCAUAAGCUCAGACUCCUGCCCCUAAGUAAAUGUGAGAUUGGAGACAAGCGCUGUUAUAUCACGCACCGGAGAGCUUACCUCUUGCUGGUAAGAGACUUUCAGGAGUUGAAGAGGCUAAACUUCAAAGGUAUUACUGCCUUUCCUGUAAGUGAAGAUAUGAUGGAAUGGGAAGCUGAAAUAGAAGGUCUACAGAAUUCAAUUUGGCAUGGAUUAUUCUUCCCUCUGACGAUAAAUUUUACAUGGGCAUACAAUUUUGUCCCUCCAGUUGUGAAAUUUUUGACAAUUCCUUUUCAUCCAAAUGUAGAUCAACAUACUGGUAAACCCUGUAUAGAUUUUUUGGACAACCCUAAUAAAUGGAGUACCAGCUAUACAUUGAGCAGCAUCUUACUUACCCUACAGGUUAUGCUUUCUAAUCCGGUGCUAGAAAAUCCAGUGAAUUUGGAAGCAGCAGAAUUGCUGAUUAAAGACAAAUCUUUGUACAACACAGCAGUUCUAAGGCUUUUCAAACAGCCAUUACCAGGAAAAGAUGAUAACACUGGGUUACUUAAAGACACCUAUGCAUUUACCAGGCCUCCACUUGUUCACCAACUCAUCUACUUCUGUUAUCACCUCUUAUCAAAUCCAAUCCAGCAUUUUAUUGGGCCAUGCAUAUUUGUUGUAUUACAUAAAGACUUCCAGUGUAAUAAGUGCCAUGAUAAAGAUGCCAACGAGGUCGAACACGUCACUUGGGAAGAAGAGACACUGAUAGAGUAUUUGGAGAAUCCCAAGAAAUCAAUUAAAGCCAUCCCAUUUAAUGAUUACUACAAGACAUGGUCUGGAAUAGCCACGUCGAAAGCCACAGAAUAUUACAGAGCUCCAUUGCUUGAAGAUCCAAAUUUUGUGAGAAGUUAUUAUAAAUGGAAUAAAAUUGACCUAAGACAUCCUGAAGAGUGGAGAUUAAAAUUUGCUGCUCCUAUGGCUCAGCUUAAUAGAGAAAAUAACAAGCCUCACAGAGCCAGUCACUCAACUGAAGGACGUUAUCUCUACGCAACUCCAGAUCCAACUUCUCUUGGAACACCAACUGAAACAGAUUUUGUCACAAAAAUCGGUGUAACAGAGGAGAGUUGGAAGAAUGAAACUUCACCAGAGGAUGACGACACUGAUAGUUCAUGGGAAGAAGAAGUGGAUGAUCUGGUCACCUGGGUCAAUACUCUCAAUACAAAUAUCUUAGAAGAUUAA